AUGGAUCCUUCAAAGAUAAGAGAGAAAUUCGGUCGCUUUCGAAUCCUCGUUGUAGGAAGAGCGAAUGCAGGAAAAACUACCAUCUUGCAGAGAGUUUGCAACACACGGGACAACCCAGAAAUAUACAACAGCGCCGGGAAAAAGAUCGAUUUAAUGGGAUCCAGAGGGCGCGGACUGCACGACAUUGAUGACGAAAUGGUGUUUCGAAGCCAGCCAGGCUUCGUGUUUCACGAUUCACGCGGGUUUGAAGCAGGCGGCCAAUCUGAAUUUGACAAGGUCCAGGCAUUUAUCGCUGACCGUUCCAAGGAAACAAAAAUAGCAAAUCGACUUCAUGUUAUAUGGUUUUGUAUCCCAAUGGACGAGGCACGCAGGUCGUUCACUGCAGGCGAAGAAAAGUUUUUCUCAGAGUGCGACACAGCAAGCAAAGUACCUGUGAUCGUUUUGUUCACAAAGUUUGAUGCCCUAUACGACGCCGCAUACACACAACUGAAAAUGGAAGGAAAAUCUCGGAAAGACGCUGCAACACUGGCCCCCAAACACGCCGAAGAGUCAUUUGCAAACGGACCGCAAUUGAAGUUUCUCAACGAUGUCCGAAAACCUCCACCAUGUCACGUAUGCCUUUCCAAUAUGAACCAAGAUGAUGCAGAUUGCGGCGCACUGAUCGAACAGACGGCUGCAACUUUGGAUGAUGAAGUACUGAAGCGAUUGUUCGUCACGACCCAACAGACCAACUUGGAGGUCUGCAUGAGACGUGCAGUUGAGAGGUGA